GCAAAACAACUCAGAUACGUAAUGGAAAUUAUAUAAAAUAUGAAAGCUAGCGGCAUGUAGCUUGGAAAAUUAACCACCUUUACUAAUAUGUGUUCUAGCCGAGGUUCUAACCGUGGUAGCGUAUUACGUUUAUAUGAAUCUAGCUGUCCACCUCGCCACGAGAAACCAAUCUCUGGUAAGUAAAAUUAUUUAAAAUUCCAAAUAGUUGUAAGAUGCGUAAAGGGGAAUUUUCGCUUUCCCCAAGCCCGAUCAUGAUGAUGGUCAAGUUGCAUUUGUCAGAGUGAGAAAAUAGCGUAGAAGGCUUGUAUCUGGUUGUAAAUUUAUGUAAUUCUGAGUGUUAACAUUACUGAAAUUGAUCAUCAUUUUCUAAAACCUAUUACCCAUUGUUUUGUCAAUUCAAUAUUGAUAGUAAUUGACUACGACACGAACUUAUACUUUCGCGUAGUUAAAUCGUAGUUAAUUUUACCAUAAUUCAUAAAUCUUUUCAAAAUGAAUUCAAUUCAUUGCCAAUGGCAAUACGCAAUAAUUCGUUGGGUAAUACACAACAUUCUUUUACAAAUAUUGAAUCUUGUAUGAAACUUAAGUAUCGCUUUAUCUAUUUGACGGCUCGAUGCACUUAUUAAACUGCCUCAGUCGAACUAACUCGAUAUCACACUAGAUACAAGAGGCACAAUCAGUAAAUUCUAUCAGACUAUAAAAUAGAAGAUAACUGAGGAUCUUCGCGUAUCAUGAACGACGACAAUAUCAGCUUAGGCAAGCGACAUUUUUGACUUUUUGUCAACAAUGACGUCAGAUUGCCGAGGGAGGGGAGGAGGUUGGAUUAAAAACUGUGCCAAUUUGUGGUAAUCUUAAACACAUAUGACAAAACAUAAGGUUUUUAAAGCAAAGGUGAAACGGCGUAGCCUGCGUAGCAGGCGCUAUUUAGGGGGAGGGCGAGGGUGGGAGAAGCUAGAGGAGGAAUGCGAAGGGGAGAGAAAGAGAGCGAGGAAAAAUGGAAGGGGCAAGAAAGAAAUAGCUUUCUCGCCCCUCCCAUUUUUCCUCGCUCUCUUUCUCUCGUCUUCGCAUCUCCCCCCCUAACUUUUCCCACCCUCGCCCUCCCCCAUUGUAACAUGCUUGAUGGCACUAUCAUACUAAACAACAAGGUUGUUCUGACAAGUUUGGUACAGCCAUUAUAUAACAAGAAUGUUACAAGGUUGACGACACAAGGUUGUAACAAUAUUGUUAUAUAUCAUAACAAGUCUGAUAUAAUAUCAACAAGGUUGUUACAACUGUUAUAACAGCUUGUUCCAAACUUGCAUUUUGACAAUUUGGGACAAGCAAUGCGAACACAACUUGUUGACGCCUUGCAAGAUCUGAGAUUGUACAUGUAUUCCUUCCUUCCUGCAACGGGGCAGUUGAGACUAAGUGCUCUGCAUGAAAAUAAUCUGUUUGUACAAUUGAUUUCGUCUUAUGUCAGUAUGCGAGAAGAACGAUUCUAAACAGCCAGACAGCAGUCGAGUUUAGCGUACCUUAGACUAUGCUUACAUGAGAGGCCAACGCCAUGCAACCAAAUUCGCAUGUGUUUCCCUGUUGCGAUCAUGUAAGCGCAUGUACUGAACGAAUUGGAGUAUAGCUUUAACCGUACGACUUUUUAGUUCGUUAAUAACACAAUCGAAAAAGGUAAUAUGAAGUAAUAUGUAAAUCGGCUUAUAACAUUUCUUGUAGGACCUUCCCGGUGCGAAUUGAUUUCGUUGGCUGGAGAUCUACUUCACAGAGAAAACCAGAAGAAAGAAACUAGCAAACAUGCAUCCAGCUUGGGUGAUAGUACUUUUUAUUCACUUUAAAAGUUACAGCAUAUGUAAAGUGGUUCAUUGAUUUCGUUACAUAACUGAAUGCCUUUAAAAUUCAUUAUGAAAACUCAUUCAGUUAUCAAGAAAAUUCAGACGAAAUGAGUUUAUAAAUGUCUUCAACAGUUUCCUCAAGCCCCCCCCCCCCUUGUGUAUAAGCCAACAGUAAUCACUAACGCUCAAGCCCCCCAUCCCCCCGAAUAUAAGCCCCUCUCCCCAGAAAGCCCAUGGGCUUAUUAGUUAGACAGGUAUUUCUGGCAUUUAUUUACGCAACGACUGGAAUUCCAACUAUAAUUACAUUCCAGUAUUAUAAUAUGUUCACCGACUUGUUUUAUUAUGUGUUCAGAUAUACUUUAUGUUUAUAUUUAUUUUCGUUCACGAUAUGGUUUACAAAAAACUAGUUUCAUAUUAAUCUGACACUGCAAUCGAGCAACGAAAAAUUUGUUGGCUCGAGUGGGAUUUGAACUCGUAUCUUCGUGUAUCUAGACCGCCGCUCUAACCUAUUGAGCUAUCGAGUCAACAGGGAUUGGUAGCGAGUCUUAUCCAAUUUAAGUGCACGAACGAAUUUUUCAACAACGAAUUUUUCGUUGCUCGAUUGCAGUGUCAGAUUAAUAUGAAACUAGUUUUUCGUAUCUCUGAGGAUGGUUCUGAAAUAGAAUUGAAACACUGCGCGUCCUCUAAGACAAGCGUUAAGUCGUCACGAAAUAUUUCGUGCACUUAAAUUGGAUAAGACUCGCUACCAAUUCCUGUUGACUCGAUAGCUCAAUAGGUAGAGCGGCGGUCUAGAUACCCGAAGAUGCGAGUUCAAAUCCCGCUCGAGCCAACGAGUUUUUCGUUGCUCGAUUGCAUUGUCGGAUUAAUAUGAAACUAGUUUUUCGUAUCUCUGAGGAUGGUUCUGAAAUAGAAUAUGGUUUACAGGUAUACAAUAAAUAUUACUAACAUCAAUUGUCAACCGUAUAGCCUCCCCCCCUCAAGCCUCAAGGUAAUUUCGGAGGUUUACGCCUUUACGGUAUUGUUUUUUCAUCGUUUUGAAAACUACCAUCCAGUAAUAAAAUACAGAAACUACAGAACCGAGCAGUAAGAGUCAUUACGAGGUCGCACUAUGAUGCAAGCGCUAGUUUUCUUUUGAAUAAUUUGCACCUAGACAAUCUUUGUUUACGACGCAAAAAGAUUAAGGCUGGAAUUAUGUUUAAAAUACUCAAUGGUGAUGCACCAUAUUACCUACAAAAUCUCUUCUCUGUUCACGGCAGUGGGUACAACUUAAGAAACUCUGAAAUAAAGCUAAAUUUGUCCAAGCCACGAACUAUUUAAAACGAAGCCUUUGUGGAGCCUUAUUAUGGAAUAAUCUGCCUCAAAAUAUACGAAUGCUUCGUUCGUUACCAUUAUUUAAGAAUUCCUUAAAUUAUUACUAUAAUUUGUAAAAUGACUCCCACACAGCAAUCUUGGAAAUCAGUUGUAAUUAUUUUUUCUAACUAAUUAAUGUACUGAAGAUUUUACCGUGUUAAAAUAAACUCAGGGAUGCCGGAAGUUGCUGAGGGCAAGGGGUGCAAUUGGUUAACAAGAGGGCAUACUCCUUAAUAAAAAACACCAAUGAAAAUGAAAGGGCUUCAUGAUCCUACAUUCGUGUCAACCUCCCUCCCUGUCAUCAAAUGUUUUCGGACCGCGGAAUACAAUUAUUUAGGCACAAUUCCUCCGUAAUUUCUCGCCAAAAAUUCCAUAAGUAAUGCUUUCCGUUUCACCUUUCGCCAAAUGGAUAACAAUUUUGCCGAAUUCCUCACGACUGGGGGGUGGAACACCUCCACACAGAUCCUCGAACGACGUUUAAUUCUGUCUGUUUUAAAAGUUUUGUGCACCCGUUACACCCAUAGUCUGCACCCGCACUGCACCCACAAAGUUGAAAAUGCAAAAGGCAAGGGGUGCACUUGCACCCGCUGCACCCGUGGUUCCGGCACCCUGAAUAAAGUUUUAUUGUAUUGUAUUGUAUUGUAUUGUAUUGUAUUGUAUUGUAUUGUAUUGUAUUGUAUUGUAUUGUAUUGUAUUGUAUUGUAUUGUAUUGUAUUGUAUUGUAUUGUAUUGGACUUAUUUGUGACGUUGUGCCAAAUGUCUAGUUCAAAUAGAAAAUACUGAGUAUUUUUUUUCUACAGCUGCAGUGGAAGAACCCGUGAAUAUACAAAAUAAAAAUGGCUACACAUUGAGAGUUAGCAAUCGAACAGGAGCUCGAAAGGAAUUGUUGAAAAACAAACACUCGGUUACACUUACAUUCCAGGAUCCAGAAGAGUUCUUAAGAUUACUUGACAAGAGUGCUUUUCAGUGUGUAAGGGACGCAAAGCUGAUCCACCCAAUGUUUCUUGUUGAAACGAAAGAAAGUGAAACAAAUCCUGGUCCCAAUGGUUUACAACUGCAGUUAACCAUCAACAAAAAGAAUAAUUCCACUCUAAAGUAUGUUAUUCUUCAGCAAGACAUGUCCACCAUGGAAUGGAUUGAUAUCACAGACAUGUGCACAACUCGAAAUGGUAUUUCAUUAGUUCAGAACUGAUCAUUCUAAGACUUCUCAAAAGUGUUCAGUCUUGGCCAUGCAUACAGCAUCCUUUACCGUGAUUGAGAUAUUGGAUUAGGAACCGGUCAUUAAAAGAAAUGUUUUCAUGCAUUGGCAAAAAUCUUGCUGAUCAAACCAUUAAAAAGUCAAAAUUAUUUUUACCCAACCUCAAAUAUCAAUUCCCACGCCUGGCCAAUACUGAACGUUACAAAGUUGUCACCUUGUCACUAUUCUUUACCACUUCUGUGACAUGAGUUUGACAACUGCUUGUGCGAUUUUCUGUAGUCUGAAGUUUCAUGUUGUCUACACAUGUACUUUCUUUGGAGACACCAUUUGCCUCCUGACAAAUCGGAAAAUGAUCAAGAUAGUGACUCUGACUGAUUUACAUAUCGUAUUGACAUAUGACUGUUGAAAUUGCUUUUUAGUUUUCAAUAUUUCACGUAGCCUGCCCGAUAAUCUAGUCCCGUUAUGCAAAUUCAAAAUUAUUUGGGUCACAAUACAAAGUGUUUUGUUUUUCAUUUACCUAACCUUUUACCCGCUCAAAAUAUUGUUUGCCCAAGAUAUCUUGUAAACGAAGAAAGAUAUGAGUUACCCGUCACCGUAUUCUACAAAGUCAAAGAGUUAAAUGAAACAUUAUUGGUGAUCCUUUAAUGGCUUUAUAAUUUUCUUUUUCAACAGGUGUUUGUCCUGAAAUCAGCAUACCAGUUCAGAAAUCAGCAAAAAUCUGGGCGCUUCAUUUAAAGCGUUCCCUAUGCAAUCGCAUUCCAUCAUUGCUGUCGCUACUGAAUGGCCAGAUUACAGUCCACAUCAAGCUGUAUUACCAAGUCCUGAACAAGGAAAUCAAAGUGCGAAUUAUCGGAUUAAGCGACGACCCCAAUCAGACUCGCAAGAGAUUAAAAACGGCUGUCACGGCUGCAGAGGAAGACGGGUUUAUAAGAGGAGAUGAAAGUGCCCCUAUGUUGUUAUCGCGGAAAGAAGGUAGCCUCAACGUUGAAUUUUACAAAGAUGGCAACUCUUUCAAAUCGAGUGAGUUUGAUAUCGGGGAAAACGACCGGCUGUACACGUACGGAGAGUGGCAUGAAUAUACUUUCGAUGUCAAAGACUUGAAGGACAAUCUGGAUGUCAAGGUCAUUGAUAAGAACAACUAUGUCCACUGGUCAAUUCAUUUAAAUGAAAUACUCCGUGUAAGUGUCCAAGUUAUUUUUAAAACUUUACUCUAAGCCUCUUGCACUUAUUCAACCGUGGCCGAAAAUUUGCUUAAACUAUGAAAGACAAAGUACGCACGCAAAAUUAAAAUCUCACAUUUUGUAGCAAGUCUGCAAACAAUCCGUCAACAAAUUGUGUUCGCACUGCUUGUCCCAAGUUGUCAACAAAUAUGGAACAACUUGUUAACAAUUUGUAACAACCUUGUUGAUAUAUUUUUUUCUGUGUUGGUGUAGUGUACUCAGGUGAAUAUGAUAUUUGUGGUGUUACUCUGAGUGUAUAUCCACACCGGGCGAGCUUGAAAAAUAUGCCCGGCCACGGUGGGAUUCGAACCUACGACCUUUGGGCUAGUAUUCCAAAGGUCGUAGGUUCGAAUCCCACCGUGGCCGGGCAUAUUUUUCAAGGUCGCCCGGGGUGGAUAUACACUCAGAGUAACACCACAAAUAUCAUAACCUUGUUGUAUAAGAUUGUUCCAACAAGCCCGAUACAGUCAUGAUAUAACAAUAUUGUUACAACCUUGUGUCGUCAACUUUGCAACAUUCUUGUUAUAUCAUGACUGUAUCAGACUUGUUAGAACAACCUUGUAAUAAGUCUGAUAAUGCCAUCAAGCUUGUUACAAGUUGUUUACAGCUUGUUCCAAACUUGUUACAACAACUGGGAACAAGCGACCAUAUCUUGUUGACAAGUUGUCGGAGAUUAAUUCACAUGUGUUUGCCGUUCAGGAUUGCUUCUCGUUCAACAGUAAAUCGUUCAUGUAAUUUCCAAAGCGGAAAAACAACAACUUUUUUCAUUGUAGCUGGAACAAGAUGGUAUUGAAUUACAACCCGUUGAUGAUUCAGAACAACAUGUACAGAUCCCAUGGGUUGGGCCAUAUCUGAACAUUCAAUAUGAAAAGGCAGCGGAUUGCGAAUGGAAAUUGGAAUUGAAGCGAUUAAAAUCAUCGAUAGACGCAGAAAAUACCAACAAUUCAUUCAAUUGCAGUACUGCGCUCUAAGAUACGAUAUAUUAAUUGAGACAUGUGUAUAUAUAAUCGGGAUAUUCAGACGAUUUAAACAGAAAUUGUUGUAAAAAUACGCUGUAUAUAAUUGUAAUCGUUCCCUAUACUCCAAUAUAGAGUAUUUCUAAACGGGGCAUGUAUAUAUAUAUAAAUAUUCAUACUAAAAGUAAUUAAGCCAGUUUUUAUUGGGCUCUUGCAUUGGUGACGUAAAAGGCCGGUUCUUGUCAAAGCAACUCUGUGGCAUUGUCUGUGCAGGGCUGUACGUUGCUUUUGUAACACUUUGAAGAAUUAUAAUACUUGAAUAUAAAAAUUUUUGCCACGCAAAAUGGCGGAUUAUUUUGCCUCGUCAUACUGCAAGACCCAAACACAGAGUAUUUACAUACAGAUGUCUCACUUCUGCGGGAAAACCGUAAGGUAGUUUUUACCAAAAUAGCUGGCGGCCCAUAUUCUUAGCAAGUACCGUAAAGAGAGGCAUUUACCCCCCCCCCAGGAACAUUCAAUUUCAAUAUGUUUUCAGGGGGGGUGACAGCCUCUCUUAGCCAUAUCAGCUCAGUGAAAAAAUCCCUUACGCUAAAUUAUCCUGAAGUGAGACCUCUGUUUGUUAGUACUCUGUGACCUGAAUCUGCAUGCCGGAUUCGGUUUUCGAUUUCGUACCGUAGUAUAAUUAUGUAAUAUAGACAAUACAAAGGCGAGUCGUUGUAUACAAUGGACAUGAAUACUGUACAAAGACAUAUAAUUUGUUAUUAGGCUUGAUGAAAACAAUUCAUAUUUAAUAAUCUAAAGACAUGAUUGGUGGGAAAAUAUUUGGUGCGAAAAAUGAGCUUGCAAUAAAAUUUAUGUAAAUUUUGUAUCAGAAAUAUAUGCAAAAUUCCUAUAGUCACCGGC